UAUUAUUUAUUCGUUUACUGUUAUUCUUUUAUGUUUUAUAGAUAGAUAUAUAAUCUAUAAUUAUUGAUUCUAUCUAGAUCUAGAAGAUCUAGAAUCUUAGAUCUCUAAGUUCUAAAUCAUGCUACGAAUUUUAGUUGCCAACAUUUUGCAUUCAAGACAGCAAUUACAUUUUUGUAAAACACUCAAGAACCUCUACCCUAGGAUAACUCUGAAGCCAAAUAACCGAACUCUGAGCUUUAAAAGUAAACAAACUUUUAGGCCUAAACAUGACAAAGAUAAAGUCCCCAAGGAGUUCAUAAUUGUUUAUGAAAACAGUCAAAAAAGUAUUAUUGCUCCCAGUCGGAUAAUUUCUACAGGAUUUUGUUUCAUAUCCUUUGGCAUGGCACUUAACACAGUCUUAAAUCACCAAGAGGGUGGUGAUAAAACAGAGCUUUAUAUUUCUCUUAUAGCAUGUAUCAUGUCAUUAUCAAUUGUGGUAUUUGUCAAUGUAAUUUCACGAUUUUAUUUAACUAGAAUUUACUUUAGUAAAGAUAAUAAUACAUUUAUUGGCAUCAGUAAUAACUUUUGGGGAUUAAGGAAACAAAUUAAAUAUUCAAAAGAAGACAUUAAACCAGUAUGGUUUUCUUCUCUAAAAGGACAACAGUAUGCAAAAAAAAAUGUUAGAAUUCACGGAAGAACAUUUCACCUGAGAGCAAAUGACUUCACUGUGCCAAAAUACUUUAAUAUGCACAUUGGACAAGUUUGAUUUUUAUCUAUGCUUAAAAUUACUUGUAGACAAAUUAUUAAAAUAAUGAGUAUGUUUACAGCUACUAUUGUAAAAUGUUUUAGAAUAUUUUUUUAACAGAGUCUUACAUUAGUGAUAAUUUUUAAACAUCUCUUAAAUUAUGAUUUGUGAGAUUUUCUGUUCUGUUUUACAUUUUAAUGUGAUUUGAUGUAAAGUGGAGCAAUAUUUUAAGAUAAAUUUCUACACAAGAUUUUGCAGAACAAUUAUUAAAAUUUAUGGAUGUUUUAAUUUGAAAAGCAACUGGCUUUUAUUUAGGGAAAUUCAAUGUUCUGUUACAUAAUGAAAUUAAUUGUACAUUUUAUUAAACUGAAUUCAAUUAAAAUUUUAAUAAAAAGUUGACCCUAGAAACAGAAUGGUGUGAUUAGUACAUUAGUAAAUGAUGAUGUUUUUGAAAUUGUGAUUAGAGAUUUAAGGAAAGUGUUGCAAACUCAUUUUAUAAAAUUAAAAUAAAACAAUUCGGUGUUUUUGA